AUGUCGUCCUCCAGUGGUCAACUGACUGAAGAGCUUCAGUGCUCUAUAUGUCUGGAUGUGUUCACUGAUCCAGUCAGCACUCCAUGUGGACACAACUUCUGCAAGACCUGUGUGAAUAAGCACUGGGACAACAGUCAGACCUGCAGCUGUCCAUACUGUAAAGAAACAUUCAAGCAAAGACCUGAUCUCAAGAUUAAUACCACACUCAGAGAGGUCGUAGAUCAUUAUAAAAAGAAUAGUCCUGAAGAUAAAACAGAAGUCCUUUGUGAUUUCUGUGAGGAAAGAAAACUGAAAGCUCUGAAGUCAUGUCUGGUGUGUCAGAGCUCUUACUGUGAAAAUCACUUGCAGCCUCAUUUAAGAGUGGCAGGUUUAAAGAAACACAAACUGAUGGAUCCUGUGAGAAAUCUGGAGGACUAUAUAUGUCAGAAACAUGAAAGACCUCUGGAGCUGUUCUGUAGAGAUGAUCAGACGAGUGUGUGUCUGAUGUGCACUGCGACAGACCACAAGAACCACAACACUGUUCCUCUAGAAGAAGAGAGUCAAGAGAAGAAGAGUCAGCUGAUGAAGACACAGAAAGAUGUGCAGCAGAUGAUCCAGGACAGAAUUAAGAAGAUUCUAGACAUCAAACACUCAGCAGAAGUCAGAAAAAGAUUUUAUACUGAAGUGCUGGAGAUGAUGGAGGAGCAGCAGAAAGCAGCAGAGAAACAGGAGCAAGAGCUCAUUAAAGAUCUGGAGCAGGAGAUCACUGAGCUAAAGAUGAGAAACACUGAGCUGGAGCAGCUCUCACACACUGAAGAUCACCUCCACCUCCUACAGAUUUCCUCAUCCCUAUGCAGCCUUAAAAACACCAGGAACUGGCCUGAGAUCAGUGUGAAGACUCAUGAGAAUCUGAAGACUCUGAGGAGAGCUCUGACUCAACAGCAGGAAAAUCUACAUGAGAAACUCGCACAAACGGAGCUGAAGUGGAUGCGGCAGUAUGCAGUGGAUGUGACUCUGGAUCCUGAUACAGCUCAUCCAAUCCUCAUCCUGUCCAAAGAUGGAAAACAAGUGAGAUGUGGAGACAUUUGGCAGAAACUCCCAGACAACCGAAAGAGAUAUGAUAAUUAUACAAAUGUUCUAGGAACAGAGGGAUUCUCAAGAAAAUUUUAUUUUGAGGUGCAGGUGAAGGAAAAGACUAGAUGGGAGUUAGGAGUGGCCAGAGAAUCUGUUACCAGGAAGGGAAAGAUCACACUGAAUCCCAGUAAUGGAUACUGGACUGUGUGGCUGAAGAAUGGCUAUGAAUAUGCGGCUCUCUCUGAUCCUCCCGUUUCUCUGUUUGUGAAAGUGAAGCCACAGCGGAUCGGUGUGUUUGUGGAUUAUGAGGAGGGUCUGGUCUCCUUUUAUGAUGUUGAGUCCAGCUCUCAUAUCUACUCUUACACUGGUCAGUCUUUCACUGACAAACUCUAUCCAUACUUUAGCCCAGAUCUAAACAUUGAAGGGAAAAACUCAAGCCCACUAAUCAUCACACCAGUCUGUUACAAUAAAUGAAUUUACUCCUCUAUGAAGUUUUAGAUUAAAUGAAUGUUUUUCUUUUUACAUGAAAGUUCUUAAAACAUUAUCAAUUUGUUACUUCUCGAAGGAUGGCAUGGCCUUAUGCCUCUGAAGUUUGUGAAACUCUUUUCUAAAAGAAGAGUUGUGUUGCUGUCAUUCUCUUUCUGUUGGUCAAAAACUGUGACUUUUUGUGGAACACCAAAUAAGCAUUUUCUUCCCUAUUGUGAUGUGUAUCCACAGCUUAUAUAGAACAAGACAAAUGUACAGCAGGAUUUGAUUUUGUCCAUUUUGGGAAUUGGAUCUUUGUUUGCUGUUGCUGUGAUCUUAUUUGAGUGACAGGUUGCUAGAGGUCAUUGACCGCCCUCAAUUACAAGGGAGCAUGCAUUAAAAAAAAUGUGCAAAAAUAUAUCAUUUUUAAUAAAUAUUUACUGCAAUA